UUCAGACAUUGAAGUUCCAAGUACAAAGUUGAAAAUAACGGGGAAACAUCACGUGCUGUUUAGCCGAUUAUGCGCAUGGCUUCACGGUCGCCACGGAAACGUUGCUCUCUUGUUACAAGCGGCGGAACAGGCUAUCACUAUUGGCUUAUUUGUAUGUCACUAUACUCUGGUCAACCAUUAAACAUUUUCAAAGAGGAUGGUCCAUUCAGUUACUAACUUGAAUUGGCUACUGUAGCUCGCAUGGAACUACAUUUAUUACAGUUCAUACGUUUAUUCUAUGUUAAAUGUCAUAACGGUGGAUUUGAGAAAUCGGUCCCACCGGUUGAGAAAACAUAUUCGUGUUUCUUUCAACUCAAUUCGGUGCGUUUUUGGAACACGAGAAAUGGAAGAGUUGAACGAGUCCAAGUCCUCACCCGCUUCUGCGUUCGAGAAGGACGCAUUUGGGCUGACAGUGGAAGAUGUUUAUGACAUUUCAUACGUCAUUGGCAGAGAUUUGUUGAAAAUAAUUAAUACAGGCGAGGAAGUCUCAGAUUUGCAAUACAAAAUUGUUCGUGUUUUGGAGAUGUUUGAAACGUUAGUGAAUAAGCACAACCUAUCGCUGGAGGAGUUGAAAAUGGAACGAGACAACUUGAAAAGUGAACUGGAUAGAAUCGUGAGAGAAAGUUCUGUCGGUCAGAAAGAGCAAACACUAGGACCAAACAAACUGGUGGUAGACAUGAAAGAUCCCAACAGACCACGCUUCACAAUGCAGGAGCUGAAGGAGGUGCUUCAGGAGAGGAACCAGCUCAAGGCACAGCUAUUGGUGGCCCAGGAAGAGUUGCAGCUCUACAAGAGUGGGAUGCACUCACAGGGCAAGCAUGCCAUGGUAAAGGCUGACCUGGAAUUUCCAUCCCCUUCGGUUCCUGACACAACAGAUGAGACUAAAGAGGAACCAAAAGAGGAAAAUACCAUCAGAAAGCUGUUUUCAUUCAGGCGGAAAUGAGGACAACCGGUGUGAGAAGGACCUAAAGCAUUAAUACUAACGAUAAACCAAACAUUUUUAUGCACACUUUCCCCCCCUAUGCUUUCUUUGUCUUAGAAUAAUUUUACAUUUUUUUAUGAAUUAAUGGCAUUUUUAAACUCUAGAACAAUCACACCUUUUAAAAGUAUCUCUGCAUUGUUUUUAUAGAUUUGUGUCAUGUCAUUAAUAGUUAAGGGGAAAUUCCUAUUUCUGCACUAUAGGUAGAUAACAUGGUAGAUGCACGCCAAACUCAUGUUUCCUUGAACUUUGUACAAAAAUGAACUGUAACAGGAUUCCUUUUUGGUUGAACAUUCAUCACUAUUUGGCUCAAACUCUGGAUGAACAGAUGGAACCUUGCAAAGACCAACAUUCAAGCCGGGGGGUUAAAACAGUAGAGACAGGACCUCCAAGACUACCGUACUGCCAUUGGAAUGUUUUAGCAAAUAGUUUAUUUUUUAAAUGUACACUGAGUAUACAAAACAUUAACACCUGCUCUUACCACGAGACUGACCAGGUGAAAGCUAUGAUCCCUUAUAGGUGUCACUUGUUAAAUCCACUUAAUCAGUGUAGAUUAAGGGGAGGAGACAGGUUAAAGGAUUUUUAAACCUUGAGACAUGGAUUGUGUAUUGGUACCAUUCAGUGACUGGGCAAGACCAGUACCGUUGAACGGUAUACGGUAUUAGGUGCCAAGCGCACCAGUUUGUGUCAAAGAAUUGCAACGCUGCUAGGUUUUUUCCCACUCAACAAUUUCUCAUGUAUAUCAAGAAUGGUCCACCACCCAAAGGACAUCCAGCCAACUUGACAACUGUGGGAAGCAUUGGAGUCAAUGUGCCAGCACACCUGUGGAACUCUUGACACCAUGUAGAGUUUAUGACAUGACAAAUUUAGGCUUUUCUGAGGGCAGGUGGGCACCACAAGGUAUAAGAGCCUAUAUAAAAAGUGUUGACAAAAUUGUUCACCCUGAAUUUUUUUAAUGCAAGUUCUGGACAUUUUCUUUGCUUUUUACUGAGUGAUUGAAUAUAACUUUUAUACUAGCACAAAGGGCUUUUGAACUCUACCAUUUAACCUCUCAAACAAUAGAGCACCUGUAAAGAAAACCAUUUCAAAAUUAUUACGGUUAGAAAAUCACACCAAAUAUAUUUAAUCUGUUGCACGUUGUGAAAUACUCAUACAAGGAUGCUGGACUGUUGCACGUCUGAAUAUUAAAAAGCUUGCCUUUC